AUGGAUUCAAUCUUCCAGCUGCGGCGCCCUUAUGAUUUUUUGGCAUUGGCUCAGCAGGAGCAGAGGGCUAUGCAAGUCGAGUCCUUGAAGAGAGAUCUCGUGUCACAGAAGUCUCAAAUUGAUCGUAACGAAGAUAAAGAUACACAAUUAGAAGAAAGAAUAUAUCGUACAGACUCUGACUGUGUUCUUGCUGGUCGGCCAUUAACGGAGUUUGAUCUCUAUGCUAGUACUGUGGUAAACAUGGAGAGUGCUGGCAUAAGUUUGGAUGAUCACCUUGGUCCACCUCCUGGUAUGUCAGACACUCUACAAGAACCAGAUUGCAUCAGUGUGCUGGACCUUCCCUUCUCCAUGUUUGCUUUUGAACACCUUCAGGGUGUUCGUUUCCGAGACAACCUUACAACAAGUGCAGAGGAGGAGAUCUCUACUGUUGGGAGUGAGACAGAUGUAUCAGUGUGGGGCCACCAGGUUGCUACAGCUCUCACCACUAACUCUUCUUCUUGGGUCCUUUACACUCUAGCUACACAGUACUGGAGAGUGAAAGCUGAUCCAUAUCAAGCAGUGGAAUGUGUGCGGAGAGCUCUGCAUUUUUCACCCAGAAAUUACUGUUACAUUCCAAAAGUUCACUUGGGCAAUAUUCUGCAUCGUGCUCGGAGGUCAGACGAGGCAGUAUUGGUUCUCCAUGCAGCGAUAGACCAUUACCGCCAUUCUCCAGUAGCACAUAUAACUCUUGGAAAUGUUUAUGCUACCCUUGCAUUUUAUAAUGUGUCUGUGUUAUGUUUUGAGAAUGCACUCUACAUGUCACCAGGUGACCAAAGCUUGCGCCGAAGAAAGCAUGCAGUUCUUUGCCAUUCUAAACUUGAAGCAGCUUUAGAAAAUCAGCAUCAAUCACUUCAACGCACCCUUGGAGAACUUCGAGAUUACCAGAAGCGCCACGAGGAGUGGUUGUCCUUGCAACAGAAGCUGUUAUUAGAGCAAGCAACACCUGAGAUGAAGCUUGAGUCAAGGUUGGAGUAUGAGGAACAAAAAAUCAGAGAGAGCACUGAUGGGAGAGAUAACCUCUUCCAUCUGCCAGGCCAGGACUGUUUCCAGUACCAGCAAGACGGCCACACCUUCCUCAGCUGCAACAUGAGACGGGACCAGCUGGAGCAACGGGGCUCUCCUUCAGAGCUGCUGCUCGACCUCCAAAGUCUUCUGCACACUGUGGAGUCUGAAGCCCUCAGGCUUGGCCAGCAUGUGCUCAAGAGGAAACCACUACUGAUGUCACAAGUGCCGCAGAUAAUGCCUUUACACCCAACCAAAACUUAUAGGAAUGGUGGUAGUCCUGGUAUACUGGAUAUGACAUUAGGUGAAGAUUUUCCAACAGCAGAACAGUGUGAGAAGGCUCCUUUGUUGCCUCAGUGGGAUGACUUCCCCUCUGUCUUCCUCCCAGCUGAAAAUAAAGGAUUCUUAGUAGUUCGUUUCCUGAGUGAUGACAUCGAUGUGAGCUUCAGUGAGGAGCAUCCUUUACCUUGGCAUCCACCUAUUUGUGAGAGACUAGGAGAUACAGUUGAAGGAAUUGAUGACAUCCCUGGUAUCAAAGAGCGGCACACUCUUACAACACGCAAUCGCGAUCCGCACGCAGUCCCUUAUUUAAUGAAGUAUGGGUAUCAAGGUGUAGAAGCUGAGAUAGGACAACGUAUCAGCAGUGCCAUGAAAAGGGGUGUUGGACCUCAGUGGCUACUUUACAACUUGGCGGGUUUAUAUUGGAGAGUUCAUGGUAAUCUCUAUAAUGGGGUUGAGUGCUUACGGCGUGCGGUUGCUACAGCACCAGAUGAGUGGCGAGAUGUUCCUUUGAUUAACAUUGCAGCUUUGCUCUACACUGCUGGCCAUAUUGAUGAUGCUUUAACACUAACUCUCCAAGCAAUGCAAGUUGCUGAUCAUGAACCUGAAACCAAUUUUCUGUUGGCCAAUUUGUACUGUGGUAAGGGGAACUUGACUGGAGCAUGGCAUCAUUAUGAGCGUGUAUUAGCUGCCUCACCCAAUCAUUCAUCUGCUCUGCAGUACCUAACUGCCCUAGCAUGUCACACUCGACCUCCACAUUCAAUUCGCCCUUUGCCCACGUGCCAAAACCAGGGUGGUGUGGAGGAUGGUGUGUGUACUACUGAUGGCGGGUGCCAGGAUUCAACAGGCACUGCACCUAGUGAAGAGAAAAGUGAUGUGGAAGAGGAGAUGAGGUUAGAUCUAGAAAGUGAAGCUGAGGAGGAGCUAGAGGAAGAGGAUACUUCUCCAGCACUACAACCAGAGUUAACCAAAGAAAACCAGAAAGAUAUUGUUGAUCCCCAGGGACCAGAAGCAAAGACAGGAUUACCUAAUAAGCAAAUUCACGUCCGCAUUGGCCUCGGUACUGAAGACUCGACAGCAACCUACACUACUAGUGAUGCCGAGAGUUCCAAAAAUCUGGAUACUCCUGUCAUAGAGGACGAUCCGUUACCAGAUGUCUUGCUACGGGUGAGAGAGAGAGUGGCCUCCCCGCCUCCACCACCUCAUGUUUGUGAUCGUGCUAAUAAACUGAGCGACGUCAAGCAUUUCACAUCUACUUGGCUGUCUGUUUCAGCAAAAAAUAUAGAUAUAUCUGAGUACCUUGUUGCAAGUCCUCCAGUGGGCACCCUGCUAGAGGAACCUAUAUGCAGAGGAGACUUACCAGCCUCCAUGCAUACCUUAGAUCAUUUAGCGGGCAUCAGACACCGUCAUCUCCUUCCACAUUUUCCUGAGAUGGGACUUAGAGAGGCUUUACAAACACUAACAGAUCGCACCCCAGUGUCUGUUGAUCUAAUGGCAACUAGAAUUGCAAGAUCUCUUCAAAAGAAUGAAACGUCUUGGGUAGUUGCAACAGCAGCAGCUUUGUAUUGGCGUGUAGUGGGCAGCGGUGAGCAUGCAGUAGACUGCUUGAGACACACAUUGCACCAUGCUCCAAGACACAUGAAAGAUAUUCCUCUUAUAUCUCUUGCUAACAUUUUACACAGAGCGGGUCUUUACAAUAAUGCUCUUGUUGUAGCAAACAUGGCAUUGGAAAUUUCACCAAAGUUUGUCGUCAUCCAUUUUACAAUGGCAAAUAUAUAUGCUGCAAAGGGUGAUCUGGAGAAAGCCACGGCAUUUUAUCAGUCUACUCUAGCUCUUCAGUCUUCUUUUGAGCCAGCUAGGGAUAGAUUAAGAGCCAUUCAAUGUGCCACUCUUAGUGAUGAUACUGCAGUAAAAACCUGAUAAGAGUUCUAGGCACUUAAAUUAAAUAAAACAGUGUAAUCACUAAAUAUGCCACACCUGUCACAAGCUGGAGCCUAAUGUCCAAAACAAGUUUUGGAACCAAUUGAAGCAUCUCUUGACAGAUCAUCCCAUAAGCAUAGCUCAAGUAUACCUAAUAUAUAUUGUGCAAUACUGUAUACAUUUAAAUUUAAUAUUAAAAGCUGUAUGAUAAUAAUACAUGAAUCUACAAUGCAAAAGAUUCUGAGUGAUGGAUUAUACAUUAUUAGUAAUCAAAUCAUAUUCAAGUGGGUAUAAUUCAGUUUUGUACUUUUUUAAGUAACUGCAAAGGACUAUGGUUUUCAUAUAGAAAUUAUGAUAAUUGCUUAUAAAAUUUGCUAAAACGUUUCAGUUCACCACCAUGAAAUAGGUGAAAAAUAAGAAUCAAGAUGCAUAAAACAGUAAAAACACUCUUCUACACUCCUUACUUAUUCAGGUGCAUAUCCAGUGACUCAUACCUUGCUUUUACAUCUUUCUUAUUUUGACUUCAUUGGCAUCUCACUUAGGUAGGGUAAUCAAAAAAAUUUAAUUCCCCAGAUGCUUCCCAUAAUUAUGAUUGUAAUGUCUCGGAAAAAAGGUAAGUGGCACAUUGAGGUAUCUGUGGAGACAAAAAAAUGUUAACCAUGGAGGCAGAGAAGAGAAUGCAUGAGAGUAAAGUGGUACCAACACUCUUAUAUGGGUGUGAAGCAUGGGUUGUAAAUGAUGCAGCAAGGGGGAGGCAGGAGGCAGUGAAGACGUCAUUUCUAAGAGCAAUGUGUGGCGUAAAUAUUAUGCAGAGAAUUAGUAGUGUGGAAAUUAGGAGGUGAGAAGUACUAAAAGUAGUAUUCAGAGGGCUGAAGAGAGGUUGUUUGGUCAUUUAGAGAGGAUGGAGCAAAAUAGAAUGGCUUGGAGUGUGUAUAAAUCUGUACUGGAUGGGAGGAGGGUUAGGGGUCAUCCUAGGAAAGGAUGGAGGGAGGGGGUAAAAGAGGUAUGUGUGAGCAUGUUAGGUGAGUGUGAAUGGAGAGUAAUGUUUUUUGGGACCUGACGAGCUGUUGGAGAGUGAGCAGGGUAAUAUUUUAUGAAGUGAUUCAGGGAAACCAGUUAGCUGAACUUGAGUUCUGAAGGUGGGAAGUACAAUGUCUGCACUUUUAAGGAGAGGUUUGGAAUAUUGGCUGUUUGGAGUGACAUCUAAACUGUUGCAUCUAAGUGCCUCUGCAAACAGUGAUGUGUGUGAGUAACAGUGAAAGUGUUUUGUUUUUGGGUCACCCUGCCUUGGUGGGAGACAA